CCUCGCCGCGUACCCGACGCCGUAGGCUCUGCGUCGGUGUAACGCGGAACCAUAAAUCAGCCUUAAGCUAGUAUUGAGAGCCGAACAGCGGACUGAUCUCCCGGGCCAGUCCGAGCCAGUCUGCUGUGGUGGCGGAUCAGAAACAUCAGAAACAUGCUGAACCCGCACAGGUCCGCGCUGUCCGACCUGCCCAAAAUGUCGGCGGCCAGCCAGGUGGAGAGAGCCGUGCUGGAGGAUGAGUUCAACUGGCUGCUGAGAGAAGAGGUGCACGCUGUCUUGAAGCAGCUGCAGGACGUCCUCAAGGAGGCCUCCCGACGCUUCUGCACACCCACCCCGGGCCUGGAGAGCCAGCUGAAGCAGGAGAACUUCAUCCUGGGCAGCUCCACCAUGGACCAGGUGAAGGGAGUGCUGACCCUGCAGGGAGAGGCUCUGGCUCAGGCUGACAUAAACUUGAAGGUUGCAAAGAGCAGCCAAGUGCUGCACUUUCAGUUCAGAGACGACAAGCAGUGGAAGCUGCAGCAGAUCCAGGACGCCAGGAACCACGUGAUCCAGGCGCUGCAGCUGCUCAGCAGCCACAACGAGAGCUACCAGUUCCAGACGGGAGCUGAGGUGAACAAGCUCAUGGACGCCGUGAUGCUGCAGCUGACCCGAGCCCGGAACCGCCUGACCACGCCGGCCUCCAUGACGCUGCCAGAGCUCGCCGCCAGUGGCUUGAUGAAAAUGUUCAGUCCUCCCAUGCCCGGUGACGUGAUGGUGAACUUUUACAUCAAUCUAAGCAAACUGUGUCUGACGGUGUACCAGCUGCACGUGCUGCCUCCCAACACCACCAAGAACUUCAAGCCAACAGGGAGCUCCGUCUUGCACAACCCUGGAGCCAUGUUUGAGCUGAACAACAACCGCUUCGAGGUGAGUCACGUCCACAAGGUGGAGUGUGUGGUUCCCUGGCUCAACGACACGCUGGUGUUCUUCACCAUCUCCCUGCAGCUCUGCCAGCAGCUCAAGGACAAGAUAUCCGUCUUUUCCAGUUUCUGGAACUACAGACCGUUCUAGUCCGGCUCCUGCCCGCACCCCCCCAAACCCCCCCUCCAACUAAGGGAGACCUGGAAAGGCUUUAUUUUUGUAAAUAUUUAUGUCAGUCAGCUGAAGUGUUGCACGAGUCGCUGCAGGAGCCAGUCACAUCCCCAUAUCCAGAUAUCAAUAUUUGCCAUUUGUGUUGGUGUGAAUCUGCUGACCAACGUUCCCCUGAUUUCUCUGACUGUCCCACAGACUAGAACCUCUCCCCGAUCGAGUGUCAAUAGUGUUAAUUUAGUGAACUUGGUAUUAACGAGGUUCUCAAACGUCGCUCCUCAUGUGGAACAUUAGUUUUUAUACUUUUGAAGGAAGCAAGACUUCACGUUUUCUUUCGUUUUUUACUUUAUUUCUCAUUGUGAUUAGAGCUUGAAGAUGAAUAUCUCUGAAAGGUUUGGAUCAGCUGUUCUCCACCUGUUUUAUGAGUUUAGAAGUCAAACUCUGGAAACCACACUGCCACAGACAGAUCCAUGUGUAGGAGGCUGCAACUAAAGAUGGUAAACGUUACUCUAAAACCGUUAAAUCAGGUUUCAAAGGCGUGAAACUGGCGGGCAGUUUGGAGUGUAGCCGCCGGCCGAACCGCCGCCACCGUGUCUGGAGAAGUGACGACUCGUCGGCCUCUGCAGCGUUUUGCACGGUGCACUGCAAAAACUCCAAAUCUUACCAAGAAUAU